AUGGUAUUUUUCGGUAUUUUUAUUGUACUAGAUCGUAUUACUGGUAUUAGAUGUAUUUACGCGGCCACGGUUUGGUCCCCUUGGGCGAAACGUAUUUUUUUUAGAUUCGACAUUGAAACGCUACAAUUUCAAUUAACUUUUGAAAUUCCACAUAUUCGUGUUCGCGCACAAUAUCGUUCAUCUGGCGUUCUAAUUUUGAUUAAAGCUAGUGGUUCUGGAGAGUAUUGGGGAGAAUAUGAUGACGUAAAGGUCAAGGUUUACUUCAAAGCCAUUCCGAUUGACCAAAUUGACGGAAUGACUUAUUUGCGUGUUGAAGAGGCCAACAUGGAUUUCAGUGUUAAAAACAUUCAAAUGGGCGUCGACAAUGUUGCUGGCGGCAAUGCUGUGAUCCAAGCUGCUCUUAAUUUAUUUAUAAAUUCCAAUGCACAAGAGUUGUUAAAGGAAAUGAAGCCAGCUCUUCGUACAAAGCUCACCACUGUAAUGCAUUCGUUUAUCGAUCGAUUAUUCGAACGCAUCCCAAUGGAACAUUUCUUAGUUUAAUAAUUUAUUCAUCAUUUUUA